AUGAGAAGCCACGGGGGAUAUGGAUCCGAAGAUGAUUUUUCAGAUGACGACAGCUCAUCAGUCACUUCUUAUACUGAUUAUGAUUCAGAAUCGGAAGGAGAAAGCCAUUCGAGUUCCGAGCGAGAGUAUCAAAAUUCAAGGACUCCUCCCAGAGGAAGAUCCCCGUCGCGUCGACCCAGAUACCUUCCUAGUGGCUACUCAGACGAUUCGGAUGAGGACGAGGCACUAGAUCAGAUUGUACGACAUUCAUCAGGCUCUUCCUGUACAUGUUGUGAGUCCAGAUCUAUCCCAUCGGAUUCCGUCCAAUAUGGCUCUUCUGUACGAAACCCCAUAUCAAUUCCCAUGGGAUUAUUUCCUUCCCCUCACUCGGACACAGCUUACUAUUUUGCAAACUCCGGAGGCAAUAAUCAUUCUAAUCACCAUAACACCAUGAUAAGAGCACCUCAGUCGAGGUCGGGUGAUGGAAGUGGAGGGGAGACCCGGAGAACGAGGAGACCAGUCAUGGGAGAGUACAGAGAAUCGAAUCCAAUCCUUCGGGAGCUGGAUAGAUCGUACCGUAUGGAUAGAGAACUAUCGGAAAGAUAUCAUUAUGAAAGACGACGGGACAGGUACAGAGAAGAAAUUGAAAGAGAUGACCAUGAGAGACGACGGGAAAGGCCUAGAUACAGGCGGAAUUCGUCUUCGGAUUCUCGAUGGGAUUUCCGCGAUCAGAAAUAUCCUGAGGAAAGCAGAUUUUCAGGUGGAAUCUUUAGCAGGUUUGCAUCAGCUUUGUUUGCUGCUGUGUCAGGGGGAUAA